AUGAAGCGUCUCUCUCGGAAGCUGGCGGUGGCCGUGGCGGUGCUGGUGUGGCUGGGAGCGCUGGUUUAUCUGCUGGUGCUGAGCCGGAGGAAACUACCGGAGCUCGGCUCCCAAGGUCCCAAGUUCCCAGGGUCCUACGUUCCCAAGUCUUAUGUUCCCAGGAUCUCGGAUGCGGAGUGGGAAGACAUGCUGGAGGGAUUUGAUGAGAGGAGUUACCUGAACGCCCGGCGGUGGCGACCGGGUGACGACCCAUACACCCUGUACGCCUUCAACCAGCGAGAGAGCGAGAGGAUCCCCAGCAACCGAGCGCUGCGAGACACACGCCACUACAGAUGUACGACUCUUCACUACGACCCCGAUCUUCCUCCCACGUCCAUCAUCAUCACCUUCCACAACGAGGCCCGCUCCACCCUGCUCCGCACCAUAAGGAGUGUGCUCAACAGAACUCCAGUUCAUCUCAUCCAUGAGAUCAUUCUGGUGGACGACUUCAGCGAUGACGAGAGUGACUGCCAGCUCCUCACCAAGCUGCCCAAAGUCAAAUGUCUGCGCAACAACAAGAGAGAAGGUCUGAUCCGCUCCAGGGUCCGGGGGGCCGAUGCGUCGAGGGCGGGCGUCCUCACCUUCCUGGACAGUCACUGUGAGGUCAACAAGGACUGGCUGCCCCCCCUCCUGCAGAGGAUCAAGCAGGACCCGACGUGUGUGGUGAGCCCGGUCAUCGACAUCAUCAACAUGGACACCUUCGCCUACGUGGCUGCCUCCUCAGACCUGCGCGGAGGUUUUGACUGGAGUCUGCAUUUUAAGUGGGAGCAGUUGUCUCCGGAGCAGAGGGCUCGCCGAGCGGACCCAACUCAGCCCAUCAAGACUCCCAUCAUCGCGGGCGGGCUCUUUGUGAUUGACAGGUCCUGGUUCAAUCACCUCGGCAAAUACGACACGGCCAUGGACAUCUGGGGCGGGGAGAACUUCGAGAUCUCGUUCCGUGUGUGGCAGUGUGGCGGCAGCCUGGAGAUCCUGCCCUGCAGCCGGGUGGGCCACGUCUUCAGGAAGAAACACCCGUACGUCUUCCCCGAGGGCAACGCCAACACUUACAUCAAGAACACACGUCGCACGGCCGAGGUGUGGAUGGACGACUUCCGCCUCUUCUACUACUCUGCUCGGCCUGCAGCACGAGGCAAAUCCUACGGAGAUAUCCGAGGCAGACAGGAACUCCGCAAGAGGCUGAAAUGCAAAUCCUUCAAGUGGUACCUGGACAACGUCUACCCCGAGCUCAAGGUCCCAGACGACUCGGACUCGGAGUCCGGGGUCAUAAAGCAGCGCCAGAACUGCCUGGAGUCCCACAGGGUGGAGGGCCAGGAGCUGCCCGUCCUCAGCCUGGGGCCCUGCAUCGGCACCAAGGCCGUGCCCGCCGUCAACCAGGAGUGGGUUUACACUCCCGGCCAGCAGAUCCGGCAGCAGCAGCUCUGUCUGUCCCUGUCCACCACCUUCCCCGCCUCGCAGGUGCUGCUGCUGCCCUGCAACAUGGCCGACGGCAAGCAGCGGUGGCAGAAGUCCGGGACCCACCUGGAGCACCUGGCCUCUCGCUUCUGCCUGGACUCAGAGAUGGCUCUGGACGGGAUGGACUCCUCGCGGAUGCUGGUCAUCAGCCCCUGUGAACUGAGCGCCUACACACAGAGAUGGGACGUCCCCUUCUCCUGACCCCUAACCCUGUGACCUCUCACCUCUCUAAACCAGCCCCUUACCCAUCCACCGCCCUUCGGCAAAAAAAAAACAAAACAAAACAAAACAAAAAACAGUUGCUCAGAAGGAAUAAUGAAAGGGAUCUGUGUUUGCAUCUGGUCAGUGUUCUGGGUUCAGGGAAGAUGAGUGGAAAGAGACUGCUCGCUGCAACAAAACCUCAAAGGUCACGUUUCAGUCUAAUUCGGAUCUUUGUCGAGCGCUGACCUGCUCUUGAUUUCUCGAAGGUCUGUGCUUGAUUGAAUCGUUGCUUGAGGAAAAGAAAAGGUGUGUAGCUUGUUUUGUCAAGCAAGGAGUGUGUCUGCUUUUGUGGCAGCUCAAGAGUUUGGGAAGUUUAAACCAAGUGCACCUUAAACGCUGACCUGUCAAAGAUUUGUGUUGGGGUUGAGAUAUUUGCUGGAGGAUAGAAACAUCAGGAGGGUAUGUCUUGGUGUAUCUUUCAUGGAAAAGUGUCCGCUUUGGAGGCUGUUCAAGAGUCUCAGGAGGUAAAACCAAACGCAAACGACCUCUUUUACAUACCUUUUUUAGUUUUGGUAGUCAAAUACCUGAGGUUCUCGUUAGUCGAAAUGUCCAAUUAAGAGUCUCAAACGAUAUGCAUCAGAUUAUC